AUGCCACCUACCAAGACUCUCCAUGUGAACACUCCGCUGCGGGUCAGCGUCCCCCUCUCCAAGUUGGCUGGCACCAAGGUCUACCUGAAGCUCGACAGCGCCCAGCCCACAGGAUCCUUUAAGAUACGAGGCAUUGGGAACUUCUGCAAAACGUGGGCCGAACGAGGCUGCAUGCGCUUUGUCAGCUCCUCAGGGGGAAACGCCGGCCUUGCAGCUGCCUACUCUGCCAGAAUGUUGGGGAUCCCAGCUACCAUCUACGUGCCCAAAUCUACUCCCCCGUUCACCGUAGAGCGUCUAAAAGAUGAAGGAGGCACUGUGUGCGUGGUGGGAGAGAUUCUGGAUGAAAGCAUAAAAGCAGCCAAGGAGCUGGUAAAGAACAACCCCAAAUGGGUCUAUGUGCCUCCAUUUGAUGACCCUCUCAUCUGGGAAGGACACAUGUCCCUGGUCAGAGAGAUGAAGGAGCAGAUGGAGUCCAAACCUGGAGUUCUGGUCCUCUCUGUAGGGGGAGGAGGCAUGCUGUGCGGAGUGAUCCAUGGCCUCCGUGAGGUGGGCUGGGGCGAUGUGCCCAUCAUUGCCUUGGAAACCAGAGGAGCCCACAGCCUGAAUGCUGCCUUGGAAGCUGGGAGGUUGGUGACACUUCCAAAAAUUACCAGCGUUGCUACCACUCUUGGGGCAAAUACGGUGGCGGCAGAAACUCUGAAGCUGGCGCAGAAGCACCCCGUCUUUUCUGUGGUUAUCACUGAUCAGGAAGCAGUGGAGGCCAUUGAGAGGUUUGUGGAUGACGAGAAGAUCCUGGUGGAGCCGGCCUGUGGGGCUGCCUUGACCGCAGUCUACAGUGGGGUGUCGAAAAGGCUGCAAGCGGAAGGCAAGCUGAACCCCCAGCUGGACUCCCUGGUGGUUAUCGUGUGCGGCGGCAACCACAUCACGCUGGCGCAACUGCAGCGCCUCAAGGAGCAGCUGGGCGUCCAGAGCGCCGAGGACCAAAGGGAGCACGGCUUCAGGGAAUGCCAGGUUGCCAUGGUGGCGUGGAAGAACCAGGGCAACGGGGGAGCUUGCGCAUGCUGGGAAUCAGCGGGCACUGAUUAA